CCCGCGACUAGGCCGGCUGGCGGCGGCGGCGUUUCCUGGUGACCGAGGCGGGGCGCCGAGGAGAUGGGCAGCCGAGAGGUGCUGGGCCAGGCGGCCCGGCUGGCCUCCUCCGGUCUGCUCCUGCAGGUGUUGUUUCGAUUGAUCACCUUUGUCUUGAAUGCAUUUAUUCUUCGCUUCCUGUCAAAGGAAAUCGUUGGCAUAGUGAACGUGAGGCUAACACUGCUUUACUCAACCACCGUCUUCCUGGCCAGAGAGGCCUUCCGUAGAGCAUGUCUGAGUGGGGGUGCCCAGCGAGACUGGAACCAGACCUUCAACCUCUUGUGGCUAACGGUCCCCCUGGGUAUGUUUUGGUCCUUGCUCCUGGGCUGGGUGUGGUUACAGUUGCUGGAAGUGCCUGAUCCUAAUGCCGUCCCCCACUAUGGAAGUGGAGUGGUGUUGUUCGGUCUUUCGGCUGUGGUGGAGCUUCUGGGAGAGCCCUUCUGGGUCUUGGCACAAGCACAGAUGUUUGUCAAGCUCAAGGUGAUUGCUGAGAGCCUGUCGGUCAUCUUCAAGAGUGUCCUGACAGCUUUUCUUGUGCUAUGGUCGCCUCACUGGGGGCUAUACAUUUUCUCUUUGGCCCAGCUUUUCUAUACUGCAGUUCUGGUGCUCUGCUAUGUUAUUUAUUUCACAAAGUUAUUGGGCUCCUCAGAAUCAACCAAGCAACAGACUCUUCCUGUCUCCAGAAUGACAGAUAUGUUACCCAGUAUUACAAGAAGUAGAGCUUUUGUAAAUUGGAAAGAGGCUAAACUGACUUGGAGUUUUUUCAAGCAGUCUUUCUUGAAGCAGAUCUUGACAGAAGGCGAGAGAUAUGUAAUGACCUUUUUGAACGUGUUAAAUUUUGGCGAUCAGGGUGUAUACGAUAUAGUGAAUAAUCUUGGCUCCCUUGUGGCCAGAUUAAUUUUCCAGCCAAUAGAGGAGAGUUUUUACAUAUUUUUCGCCAAGGUGCUAGAGAGAGGAAAGGACGCCACACUUCAGAAGCAGGAGGACAUGGCUGUGGCCGCCACCGUGUUGGAGUCCUUGCUCAAGCUGGCCCUGCUGGCCGGCCUGACCAUCACCGUUUUUGGCUUUGCCUAUUCUCAGCUGGCUUUGGAUAUCUACGGAGGGGUCAUGCUUAGCUCUGGAUCAGGUCCUGUUUUGCUGCGUUCCUACUGUCUCUACGUCCUCCUGCUUGCCAUCAACGGAGUGACCGAGUGUUUCACAUUUGCUGCCAUGAGCAAAGAGGAGGUCGACAGGUACAAUUUCACAAUGCUGGCCCUAUCAUCUUCAUUCCUGGUGUUAUCCUACCUCCUGACCCAGUGGUGUGGCAGUGUGGGUUUCAUCUUGGCCAACUGCUUUAACAUGGGCAUUCGGAUCACACAGAGCCUUUGCUUCAUCCACCGCUACUACCGAAAGAGCCCUCAUAGGCCCCUGGCGGGCUUGUGCCUAUCACCGGCCCUCCUCGGAGCAUUCGCCCUCAGUGGUGGGAUUACUGGUAUUUCUGAGGUGUUGCUCUGCUGUGAGCAGGGCUGGCCAGCCAGGCUGGCGCACAUUGCCGUGGGGGCCCUUUGCUUGGGAAUGACUGUUGGGACAGCAUUCCUCACAGAGACCAGGCUGAUCCACUUUGUUAGGACUCAGUUAGGUGUGUCCAGACUGGCUGACAAAACCUUGUGACCGCAGAGGCGUGGACACCUGUGGCACCUGCACCAGCCUCAGGGUAGUUUUGUGCAGGUGCAGAAGAGCCCUGCUGGGGGUCUGCGGUGGAGUAGGACUGACCCAGGCAGGUGACACGUCGGAGAGCUGCCGGACUGAACGCUGUCCGUUCGAACCUCCCAACGGGAAGGAGGAGCUCCGCUUCUAAGGGAAGACCAAAAAGCUCUUUUAAAAUCGAUACAUUAUUUUUGUCACCAGUCUGUUCUAAUCAGUAUUUUUCCCUUUGAUUAAUGUAUUCCUUUCUGCUGUGAUUGACCUAAGGCGCCACAUACACCAGCAAACUAUCUCCUGGACGUUAUAGUUAACAUCCUGGCCCGGAAACAGAUGUGGCCACUUGACCCUUCACAGGAACAUGGAACUUACUCCGUAAGAGAAGGAAGGAGACCUGAUGUUAUGCACCAAAUUAGAACAGAGAUGGCCCUGGAGUUGUGGCUUUCUCCAUGUCAGCACUGUGGUCUGGGUUUUUAGAGAGGGAACAACGUUCCUCAAUGAGAAACCCAAGAAAUGAAAACGCAGAGUCUUUUGGGUCACAUUUCCCGGAGUUAGCUAGGAGGAGUCACACACCUUAUCUUGGCUGCUGUGCACCCCAGACCACGUGCCUUUCCAGAUUCAGUGCAGGCUGGCUCAAGACCCCCGGCUUGGCUACCUGCAAGAAGGCUCUGAGGGAGCGGUGACCCGGUGUGAGCGGCCUUGGCCCCUGAAGGGAGUGCUGCUCUCGCGGAAAUUGCACAGAUGGCAGUUGAAGCAGAAGUGGGGUAUUUUUUUUCCUUCAGAAUAAAAUGGGGUGCUUUCUGUGUGGCAAGCCCCUCCCUCUGGCCCAUUGCUUCCAGCACUGCUCAGUAACCCUGAAUGCCAGCUUCCGGACAAGAGUGGCAGGCCUGGGGAUCUGGUCCCCCAGAUGAUGGUCUGAGCCCUGCAUCCCGCACCCUGCAGCCAGCAGGCAACAUCAUCAGGCAUCGUUCUCAGGUGGCAAAGCAUUUUUCUUCUUUCACUGAUAUAUUAAUUCCUUUUGGGUAUCAUUGACACAAACCGUAUCCUGGAUGGUAAUAGUGAUAAUGGUGAUGGUCAUAGUGGUGCUGAUGUCCCACACUUUCCAUUUAUACCCAGAAACAGGGCAACUUGUGUCAGGUGGUGGUUUGGCUAAAAUGCACCCCUUUAGUACACACCCAGGGGCCAAGGACCAAGACCCACAGCACAUGGAGACUAGCACCAAGCCACUUGGACUUUUUAUCUGUUCAAAGGGAGAAUGCUUUGUACUAAUUGGAAAAGUAGCUAAAUGCAAGGUAUCACUGCCCAGUCAGAGACCCUCCCAAAGCGUGGCCUUGAUUAUGCUCACGUAAGGCAUGGUCGGGCUAGCUUAGAACUGAUUGUCCCGUGGGGUGGGGUGGGCGGCACGCACUGAAGCAGCCCUCCCUCCCUCUGUGUACUUUUAUUUACCUCUUGAGUGUACAGAAAUCGACCUUUAGGGCUCGCAAGUUCCUCCUCUGCUGCCCUUGGCCACCACCCUCUCCCCUGGAACCCUGUUACCCACCGCAUGCCCAUUUGACCGCAGACUCCAAAAGUGGCCCUUAAACUACCUGCCUCAGGAUUGCCUGGUUGCAAGUUAGAAAUACAGCUCCCCAGGACCCACUCCAGACCUUUGGAACCAUCAUGUCUGGGGGCAGGGCACUGGAAUCAGCCUUUUUGGCAAACUAAGGUUAGCACACCCUAUCGUCCUCACCCGCAUCAGGGUUCGGGACCAGUUGUGCACACGUUCACAAUGUUCAUUCUCUGCUCCAGGAAGAGCUGCUAUUGCCUAACAAUAUUGCCAACUCCCCAGCUCUCGGGAAUGGGCCCAGCCAGGUUUCUGCUGUGCUCCCCGGUGUGGAGGCUGUGCCUGACAGCUGGUGCUCUGGUCUCUCAUCCCUCACCCCGCACGGUCCACCUGGAACUGCUGUCAGCACAGGGCUGCUGCGGUCAGGGCCAGCUCCUCUGUUGUUGUUUUUUAUUUUUUUAUUUUUAGUUUAUUUAUUCUGAGGGAAGACAGAGAAAGCGCAAGCUGGGGAGGAGCAGAGAGAGAGGGAGACAGAGAAUCCCAAGCAGGCUCCAACUGUCCACGCAGAACCUGAUGCAGUGCUCAGACUCACAAAACUGUGAGAUCACGACCUGAGCUGAAACCAAGAGUCGGUCGCUUACCCUACUGAGCCAUCCAUCCUGGUGCCCCAGGGCCAGCUCCUCUUGAAAGAUGGCCAGCUAGGCCAGUGGUCCAGGGCUCCUUCCCAUGUCCUACCUCCCUGUUUAUAGGAAAAGUAGUCCCACGGCUGAGUUUUGGGCAAGCAGGUGUGUUCUCACUAUGAGCACCUGCCUCCUGGGCUGUCAGCACGUUGGCAGCAGGCCCUCUAGACUCUGCUGACCUCUGCCUCUACCCCCUGGCCACCUCCUGGAAAUGUAGUUGGGCCCGAGCGCUGGCUUGAGGGCUUUCCCUUGCCAGUGCCCUAACGCCACACUAUGUUUGUGGACAUGUGUGCCGAGCUCCCUCACUGUACCUGAGCAGAGUUUCUGGGGGGAGCUACACAUUUGGCUUUAAGUACCACUUAAAAUACAGUGAGGCUGCUUCUCCAUGGAAACCAGUCUCUAAAGCACAUCCUUUUAGUAUAUGUGCUGUGGCAACAAGCACGUCUAAAGCACGUCCUUUUAUGAAACGAAGAAGCCUUUGAUGGUGAGAAUAACAGUAUUCCUUCUGUGCUGCUCUGGCCGUGUGCAUGUGUUGGUGACUUCAGAUUCGGCCAUUUGGGUCCCUUGGUGAGGGGAUGCCGCUGCCACGCUACUUAACGCUCACUCCUGGCUCUGGAAGUGCCGUGUGGCCACGCGCCAGCCUGCAUCCAGCAGGGGGCACACCCUCCUGCCUGUUUCCUGUGGAAUUCGAUUGUGUUGCUAGUUUCCUGUCAGUCCCCUGAUUUUAAAACAAAUCCAUUCUUUUAUUCACAUCUUUUUCCUUCUGAAAAAAAUUCAGAAGGACGGUGGGCAGAUAGCUGGAGUAUGUGAACCACCUUUAUUCCUCCUGGGAACUUUUUCUCCUGCAGUGAUGCUGUGACUGGCAUGUGGGCCCUAACUCUGAAAGAGGGGCAGUUACCCAGCCUCUGCAGGGGGAUCUUCUGUGUCUGGGACAGAAAGGCCUAGCAGCACGCUCCUCUUCUCCCCUUCCUGCCCCAAGCACUGUUUCCCAUCAUUUGCUGGGCUUUUCUGUCUCCUGUCUUCUCUGUCUGGCCUGGUCCUUGUCUUGGUCAUUUUUUAAAAAUUAAGCAGCCAUCCUUUGACGGAUCAGGACUCCUGUCAGGCAGGUAGGGCAAGUGUGUGAUUUUAGACCGUGAUUUGGGGGAGUCCUGGGUACCCUCUCACCUUCACAUCUUCCUCCAUCAGGUGCUUGACCAUGUAUGUAUUUAAUUUGGAAAUUUGACUUUUAAGCCCAUCAGAUGCUCUUGUUUUAUUUUGCUCUUACUUGCUGUACCUGGGUGAAGUAGCCUUUAAUGUAAAUAUUUCAUUUGCUAGUUAACUUUCAAAGAAAGAAGAAAAAAGGUGCUUUAUUUGAAGAAUUUGAGGGAAAGGAAGAUGCGUACUGAUUUGCAUCAUCAUCUGACCCCACUUACCAUGGCACGAUCAGUCCUGUUAGUCAAUGUCAUUGCUUUUUAACCAGAGUCAUCUGGGUACAACAUAGUAAAAUUGGAAAACUGG